AUGCUUGAAUCAGUUCAAAGUCCUAACACAUCCGAUCUGUUUAGUGACCACAAAAAGCUAAUUAUAUCCGUCGUUGUUUCUAUUACUUUCAUUGCACUACUAUUAUACACGUUGACGUACAAUGAACAAUUUGUAUCGCGCGAAAUCUUUGCACUACGAACACUUACUUCAUCGUCGAAAAAACAAGGUAAAUGGAAAAAGAAUCAACUGGUUGUCAUACCUGCCAUCUGGAAAGAGAUUGAUUGGGCCAAUGAUUUAUCUUGGCCUGCUUGGCUACGCCAAGGUCUAGAACAAUCUCACAGUUCAUCAUCGCAAUCUUAUCGUGUUCAUCUCUAUCAACGAAUCGAUCCUAAUUCUACUGCUCCAUACAACUGGCCAUACUGUCAGAACGUGCACGAAGAAGCAGGUGUGUAUUUGAAGUUCAUCUACGAUUAUUAUCAUGAUUUACCCGAUCGAAUGCUAUUCAUCCAAGGCAACCCGACCCGUUAUACACAAUAUCCGAUCGAAAAAGCUCUAUGUAUUCGUGACGAUGUUCACUAUGCAAAUAUUAACCUUUUCUGGAUUAAACAAAGGAAGUGGUCAGAAUGGAAUCGAGAUCCUACGAAUCACAUAAGCCCGAUGUACGAAUGUGUUGUUCGCGUAUUAGAAUUAUUUGAUUUCGUUGGAGCAAUGCAAGUUAAUCCAGACAACAAGAAACCGAUAGAUGAGAAUACAGUUACAACUUUAUGUUGUGCCCAGUUUUACGUAACGAAAGAAAGAAUUCAUCAUUAUACAUAUAAACAGUGGGCAGCAGCGUAUCGUGCUAGCCUUCAACCCUAUUGUACAACGUCAAGUCAAGAGGGCAUAACAUAUUUUAGAGAAAGUUUCGAACAUCUUUGGCAUGUGAUACUCGGACUUCAAGCUGUGAAUAUGCCACUAGCGGUAUCUAAGACUAAUACUGAUCCAUGUCAUACAUAUCGUCCGUCUUGCAAGGGUUCACCAUGCAGUCGAACGGAGUAG